CUCUCCUUCUGGCUCCCCUCUUGGCUCUCCUUCUUCCAAGUCUGGCUGACAACUCGGGUGUCAUAUACCACAAGGUGCCUUACCAUGCAUCCCCCUCGCCGCCCUCCCAGGGGAUCUCGCAGCACGCAAGCCCAGCAACAAAGUCAGCAGGAGAGGUCUCAGGCCCCCAGCCCUCCUUCCCGCUCCCAACGCUCCGAGUCGGAAGCGCCUGUACAGCCUCCCCUCGCCGAGCGCAACGCUCGUGGCGAACGCUGGCUGAGGGAAUUCGUAAGGCUGAAUCGAGACUUGAUCUGGGCUACAGGAGAGCUCGGGACCUCCCUCGAAGAAGUCGAACGUCUGCGCAGGGAGAGGGAUGAAGCGUUGACUCUGGUUCGGCGACACCACGAACAGAGCGCUGACUAUCUUCGUAGGACAGGAUCCCCUACGUCUUCACCUCGGACUCCCUCUCAGCGCCCUCAAUUUGAUAAACGGAGGGACCCUGCUCGUCGUCCUUGGGCCAGCUCUCCUCCUGGGUCACCUUCUUCGCGCCGUCUUCGAGGUGACGCUCUCAGGUCCGAGGGGCUUCAGCGUGGGACAUUGCAGAUCGACGCAAGAGACCGUCCCCGCCGAUCAGAGCGACAACGUGGCCGGGCGGCGGGUCCUUCUUCUGGCGUCGUGAGGUCAGACGGAGGAGCAGGCGAGGAGAGGUAGGAUUGACAGCGGGAGGGACAGCAGGAAAGGUGGCAAGGCCAGUGAGAAGAGGUCAGGAGAGGGAGGUGUUAUCCAAGUACGCCGGGACUAGGGAAAGAAUGGCAGAAAUCGUGUCAGUGUCAAGCAUGGGGAAGAAGAAUCCAAUGGCCAAUGGAAGACUUGCAUCCGCUGAAUCCAACGCCUAUCGCCUUUCAAGGCCGAGUGUUUGUCCUCGUCUCUGGUGUUAGCUUUCGUUGGUGAUGGCC